GUCAGCGGGCUGGUGUCGGCCUCCGGCCUGAGGGGGGAGUCAGCGGGAGCGGGAUUCUCUGAGCAGCCGUGUGAGCGGGAAGUGUGACCGGAGCGGAAUGGCGGCGCUGAGAGCGGCUGUCGGGGCGGCGAGGAAGGGUAUAGGGAGCGUUCCCUUCCCUGCCGUUGCUGUUUUACCCGAGCGGCCACUGUAUCUGAGUACUGAGAGGAUUGUUCGGAAGCACUGGGUGCACUUGGCCUCUGGUAAGCUGAGCGUCCCGGCCAUGGGGAGGAGUGACGGCAGUUACCGGGUGACGAUGAUUCCGGGCGAUGGUGUGGGACCAGAACUGAUGCACAUCGUUAAAGAGGUGUUCAAGGCGGCAGAGGUACCGGUAGUGUUUGAUGAGCACCACGUCAGUGAGGUACAGAAUUUAGCCUCAGAACAGAAGCUGGAACAAGUUCUUGACUCCAUGAAGACCAACAGGGUGGCCAUUAAAGGGAAGAUACACACACCAAUGGAAUACAAGGGGGAGCUUUCGUCCUACGAGAUGAAGCUGAGGAAGAAGCUGGACCUCUUCGCUAACGUGGUGCACGUGAAGAGUUUGCCCGGAUUCCCAACACGACACAACAACCUGGACUUAGUUAUCAUCCGUGAGCAGACUGAGGGCGAGUAUAGCUCGCUGGAGCACCAGAGUGUUCAGGGCGUUAUUGAGUGUCUGAAGAUCAUCACCAGGGACAAGUCGCGUCGUAUCGCCAAGUUUGCCUUCGACUUCGCCACCAAGAACGGGCGCCGCAAAGUCACAGCCGUGCACAAAGCCAACAUCAUGAAGCUGGCUGACGGUCUGUUUCUGCAGUGCUGUGAGGAAAUAGCCCAGCUUUACCCCAACAUCCAGUACGAGUCAGUUAUCAUUGACAACUGCUGUAUGCAGCUGGUGUCUGACCCGUACCAGUUCGACGUGUUAGUGAUGCCGAAUCUCUAUGGAAACAUCAUCGACAACCUUGCAGCAGGCCUGGUGGGUGGUGCUGGCGUGGUGCCAGGGGAAAGCUUCAGUUCUGAGUAUGCCGUUUUCGAAACGGGAGCUCGCCACCCAUUCUCUCAGGCCAUGGGCCGGAACAUCGCUAACCCCACCGCCAUGUUACUGAGCGCCGCCAACAUGCUGAAACACCUGAACCUGGAUUUCCACUCCAACCUGGUCGCCGAGGCCGUGAAGAAGGUGAUCAAACAGGGCAAGGUGCGGACCCGGGACAUGGGCGGUUACAGCACCACCAGUGACUUCCUGAAGAACGUCAUCGAGAGCCUGUACCCUCCUCGCCUUCGCUAGUGCUGUGCCACACCGUCAGGGCAGGGGCUGCCCGCCUUCUCGAGCCCCACCUCAGUUCCUCUGGGGGUGGCCCAGGGGCCAUGUUAAACAUCCCACUGGGUGCUGGCCAUUUUGGAUUAGAGAUGGGGGCAUCGAAGAGGGAAGACAUGUGGUGCCUGCAUGACCACUUCCUCCUACUAAUUGCGCCCCAGAGCCAGGACCCAGCAGACUAGCCCUCCUUCUGGGAAUGCAAACGCAAAAUGCUGCUGGUGCCGGAGGCGUGUUGACAAUAACCACCUCCCUCCGGUCAGACCUGAUCUCCUUUGUCCUUUUUUAACAAAUUAAACAGAAUCAUAAGACUGAGAUUAUUUGAAGGGAUGGUGGUGUGAUCACUGAACUCAAGUAUGAUCCCUAAGGGAAUGUCUAUUGGUGGGUCCUCAGGCGGCUGUGUCUUUCGAUCAGCCUCUCCUUUCGCGGCUGUUUUACAGCAGAUUGGUCCCUCUUGCAGAUUUCCUCCACGUCCAUCUGUUGAGAUCUUUUUGAGUUUUUAGAUGAAGGGAGGCAUCUAAAAACCACUGGUGUGGUAUGAGAAAGAGUCCAAUCAAUGGACCAUCUGUUACACUCUCUGAAAAAUCCUGACUCUUGCAUGGAGAUGGAAAAUUUAAUUGGGCUGCAGCUCCAGCAUGAACUGACAAUCCAGGGUGUGUUUAGUGUGGAGGGAGCAGGGAAAAUGUGUCCUAUCCUGUGACGUUCUGUCAAAGGAAGGUCUAUCUAAGUGUGGAGACCAACACCGAUCAUAGAACAGUACAGGCCCUUCGGCCCACAAUAUUGUGCCAACCCUUAAACCUUGCCUCCCAUAUAACCCCCCCACCUUAAAUUUCUCCAUAUACCUGUCUAGUAGUCUCUUAAACUUCACUAGUGUAUCUGCCUCCACCACUGACUCAGGCAGUGCAUUCCACGCACCAACCACUCUCUGAGUAAAAAAACCUUCCUCUAAUAUCCCCCUUGAACUUCCCACCCCUUACCUUAAAGCCAUGUCCUCUUGUAUUGAGCAGUGGUGCCCUGGGGAAGAGGCGCUGGCUAUCCACUCUAUCUAUUCCUCUUAAUAUCUUGUAUACCUCUAUCAUGUCUCCUCUCAUCCUCCUUCUCUCCAAAGAGUAAAGCCCUAGCUCCCUUAAUCUCAUACUCUCUAGACCAGGCAGCAUCCUGGUAAAUCUCCUCUGUACCCUUUCCAAUGCUUCCACAUCCUUCCUAUAGUGAGGCGACAGAACUGGACACAGUGCUCCAAGUGUGGCCUCACCAGUUUUAUAGAGCUGCAAACAACAGGAAUUCUGCAGAUGCUGGAAAUUCAAGCAACACACAUCAAAGUUGCUGGUGAACGCAGCAGGCCAGGCAGCAUCUGUAGGAAGAGGUACAGUCGAUGUUUCAGGCCGAGACCCUUCGUCACGACUAACUGAAGGAAGAGUAAGAGAUUUGAAAGUGGGAG